UUGUGAUAACACGUGAAAUGAGUUCGUUCUGACUACCGUCUGUCUGCGAAGUGCAAUGUUUUAACAGUAAAAAGUGCUAUCAGUCGAGACAAACGCAAAACAUCCACUGCUGAACUGGACAACAAGCAGUGAAGGAUAUUCAAAGUGAAUGCUUACCAGGUUCUGUUCGGAAUAGUGUUCUCAUCGUGUACGGUUCUACUGGAAUCACGUUUCAUUCUUGCUGAUGAGCCAAGUUCUAGUGUCGUUUUGGUACGGUUUGUGAAGUGUGUUGAUCGUGUAUUCUGAAGCGAAGUGUGUUCCCCCGCAGUAAAAAAAAAGGAUAAAAAUUCCUAAAGUGUAAUCUUGUGACUUGGAAGACAGUGCGAAAUCCAGUUCUGGUCGCAGCUCGAAUUAAAAGCCCUGUUGUGUAGAGCAGCGCGACUGAAACGAAUCCGAAGACAUAAAUUAGCGCAGUCAGCUCAGUCCCGCAGCAGCAGCAUCAGCCAGCAAAACAACGGUCGCCGAGCGGAGCACGAAGUUCUGUUUUCAAGAUCUUCACCAACCUUAGAAGCAUUUAAACUCACACAGAUAUGGCAAAUUUGAUCACAGUCCGUUUGCAGCGGGGCGAAGGACAGGCUUGGGGAUUCCGUCUUCAAGGUGGAAAGGAUUUCUCCUCGCCGUUGGUACUACAACGGGUAAAUGGCGGUAGCGUUGCUGAUCAGGCUGGUCUGCUACCGGGUGAUGCCUUGGUUAAGGUCAACAGCACCGAGGUGUUCAAUCUCAGACACAAGGAAGCACAGGAUGUCAUCAUUGCCGCCGGAAAUUCAUUCGAGCUCACAGUUUCCAGAGGUUCUGCCUGGAGGCCCACGGUAACCCCGGUCGGUUCCCUCCCGUCCCCAACACCAACGCUGGCCGGCAACGUAACUCCUGUCACAAAAACAUCGCUGGCUGCCACCCCACAACCAGUCCAGCACAUUGGCAGUGGCCACAAUCAGGCCGCCAAACCGUUCCCUGCUGCUGCGGCCGUUUCGCCUGUACCACCACAGCUACAGCAACAACAUCAACAACAACAACAACAACAACAGCAGCAGGUCAACGGCGGUGAAGGACCAAUCAAGAGCAUCGUAAACAAGCAAUACAACACUCCGGUUGCCAUGUACAGUGACGAAACCAUUGCAGAAACCCUCUCCUCCCAGGCUGAGGUCCUUGCUGGUGGUGUUUUGGGUGUCAACUUCAAGAAAAAUGAACGGGUUUAUUCGCCAGCCAACUCCGAGGUUUACAAGCUUUUGCACGAGCAGGGCAACGAACCAGAGCCAGUAAGCGUCUACUCAAACAAAACUAAUUAUUCAAUUCACAAACUGGAAUCAGCAUCUUCACAUUUCUAUGCAACGCAAAGUCACGCGAUCGGUGGUUACGCAACUGCCGGGCGACUUCCGGUGGGACCGUUGAACAAACCGAGAUCACCGAUUCCACCCCAAAUGCAUCAGCAGCCACCAUCCGUUCCACCGCAUGGACCAGCGUCGGAUUCGUCCCCGGUCCCGGUUGCUCCACUGGCUCAGCGACCAGCCCCGCAGACCCUGCCGAGAGCAGGCAUCCCGCCCAGGAUUCAUCAAGAUGGCGUGUUCGUGCGUAUCAAGGACAAAAACCUCCACGCUGAUUGCUUCAAGUGCGCCACCUGUGGAUCAUCACUUAAAAAUCAGGGAUAUUUCAAUCUCAACAACAAACUGUACUGCGACAUCCACGCCCGACUGGCGGCCAUGCAGAGCCCACCGCCCGGCACCAACGGAAUGGUUCCGGUUGCCAUCACCAAACCCGGACAAAAAACUGGAGUCCAGGCAAUCUCAGCCGCUCUCAACGCCCACGCCAAUCUGAACGGUCGUUCCUUGUCACCGUACGCCAAUAAUCACCUGCAGCACCAAACAACGAGCAGCGGAGGUAGCAAUACUCAGUCUCCGUCACACUCUCGAUCGAGCAGUACGACUUCAUCGAGCGGAUACUGCAAUUCGAAUUCCCUUUCGCCGGUCCAAUCGAACAAAGUGUCUCCACGGCACUCGCGAACCAGCAGUGAGAACGAACUGAUCCUCGAACCAUCGUCCAACGGCGUCAGUGCCUCGUCAAGAUUCGGUACCUUCACUACGCAGUGUGAGUUUAAUUUUCCACCACCACCGCCGCCGCCACUAGCAGGACCACUUUCGUAUCCGUACCGCAGCAUGGAAAAUCCGGAGGGUCCAGUCGAAACACUCCAACAGUUGCAGCCUCCAGUUGAGGCGGUCGAUCCGGCUUCGUUCGGUCCGAAUGGGCUGGUCGUAGCUCAGGAGCAGAGCGCCGAUUCAACGGAUGCUGCCACCAACGGAGCUGUUACGCAAAACGAUUACGGAUUUUUCUACAAAACCAUCGGUGGAUCCGUCAUUCGCAGUGUAUUUCCACCCGGAACUAGCUCGCGCUAUAAGAACCAGAAUAACAUAACCCCGAAACCAUUCGGAGCACCAUUGCCGGUUAGCUCUCUGGCGCAACCACCGGCAUCCUAUCCGCCCGUAGCCGGGAGCGUACCAACUCCAUUCGCGGCGGCUGUAACCGGUCAGUCCCAAGCUCCGGCCCCCGCUGCUGCCAUGGCUCCGUUGCCAGCUUCCUAUCCACCGGCGGCUGCACCGGCACCGGCUCCGGUUGCGAUCGCUCCUGUUGCUCCGGCUCCAGCUCCAGCUGCUGCUGUGCCAACUCAACAAGGUGAUGCGACGGAAGAGGAACACGUCCAAGAACAGGUACAGAAACCAGCCGAAUCUCCCGUCCCAGUCUUCACCUGGCCUCCGAAGCGCAUAGAGGAUGAAACUGUCCCUACCGCAUCUCCUAUCUACAUCCCGCCUCCGGAAACCCAGCGAGUGGUCACCAAACAACCAAUCUUGGUUCCGCCACCACCGCAAUCCAAAGACAUAAGUAAAUCGGCACCAGAGCUGAGUAGGAAACAAAGUGAGGUACAAUGUGUGGAGGUACAGCGAAACGAAGAACAAUACCAACAACAGCUGAUACACGAAGAAGAAUGCUAUGAGGUCUACACCACCACGACCGCUUCCACGUCCGCUUCCUCGGAGUCGUAUCGAAUGUAUACGACGCAAACCUCGCAACCAAUCGUAACCUACUACGACACGCCAAUUAUGGAGAUGGAAAAUCCAUUCUUGUCAGGCCAACGAAGCAACCAGGCUAGCACCGGGGCAAUGUCCGAUGCUUCGUACACUCACUUUGUAUUCCGUGACACUCCGCUAGUGGAAUCCGUUGAACCCUCCAUGGAGCCAUCCAUCGAACCGGAGUGCAUAGCGGAACGUUCGAAAUCUGCUCUCGAUCGCGGUGGAACCAAACAGCAGAAACGUGUCGAGUUUCUUGAUUAUAGCAAAGAACUUGCAAACUACCUGCAGGCUGAAGAUGCUAAACGGGCUGCCGAACAACAGAGUCAGGUAGAGAUUGAGGAAAUCACCGAAGAGUUCACGAUACCACAUUACGAGCUUCCAUACAUUAAAUCACCCAAUCCCAUGAUCAAUUUACCCAAAAAAAUCGUUCCGAACCCCGUCCCCAAGCAGUGGCAGAGCAAGCUUGUACAGGCCCUGUGUACCGCUCCGAGAGAUCCGAUUCGUCUGACCAAUGAACAAAUCGAGGAAGCAAACUUCAUGAAGUCCCGUAACGAGGCAUACCUGAGGGAACAGGAAGAGAAUAAGCUACGUCAGUUGGAGGCUCUGAAAAGGCAAGUGGAUGCAUUGGAGCGUCGUAUGGCGAAGAAGAAAGAACCCGAACCCGAACCGGAACCUCAACCGUAUCCUCCACUGGAGAUACCGCGGAAAGGUUCAGUAAUGGCCAAAGUACUUGCAAGUUCAACCACCAAAUCGGAACGAUUUCCCAAAUAUCUCCCCGCGCCGGCAGUUUCACUUCCUCCGGACUCGGUUCCAUAUUUUCCUCCUCCACACACGAUGGAACCGAUUCGGAGCGAAAAAAUAUCAUCCAUGCGCGCAUCACCAUUCCUGGAAGCGUUGACUACAGCUCCUUAUACUCCGUUUCAGAAAUUUGGUCGAGAAAUACCUUCGCAGAUGGAAAAUAUGCCAGUGCCUACUGGUCGAGUAUCGAUGAUGGAAGCACUGGCAACCGCCCCGGAACGACCCUACACACCAUUUUCCGAGGUGCAAUUCGAGCGAUCCGAGAUGUAUCAGAACCUACUAAAAGAACAACCAUCGAUCCAGAUUGAUCCGGAGAAAAAUUAUUCCGCUUUCGCUAGCGUAGCCGGGAAUCGAUCACCGAUUCCAUUCAAACCAGUAAUGCCGGAGAUUCGAGACGAACCAAUUGAAGAACCGAUUGCAGAACCUGAACCGGAACCGGAACCGAAACCGGACCCGGAACCCUUACCUGUCGUAGAGCAGAAACGUGAAAAUCCAGAGCGCAAAGUUCCACCAUAUCCAAGAAAAGACUCUGGGGUAGAACAUUAUUCGCUGGCUCCGCGAAGGGAGGUGAAGUCACCUCUCAACCACCCUGCGGAGAUUCCGACAUACCAGCGUAAGUGGUACAAUCUACCGACUCAGAAUCCUUCGCGCACACCGGAAUCGGAAGAGCUCCGUCAGAACGUGCCGGUGGCAUUUGUAGAUACUCAUUCUAUGUCCCAUCUUGCCAAGCCUGUCGCACAAGCUGUAAAUAUUAAAGAUCAGGCUUCACUGAAGAAAACGCAUGCAUUCACAACCAUUCAAAACCGUAUCAUCCCAGUCAUACAGACGCCCCUGGAGGAGGAUGCCGAGUUGGCACAGUACAACAAUGCCCAUUCACGACUCCAAGCCAAGGGCGUAGUCGAUCGUGGUCAGUCAUUCACUCCGUCGCUAAUACUUUCUAAGCACUCGACCACGAUUCCGUAUUAUCAACAUCAAUUGGGAUUCGAAGAGUAUUUUGCAGAAUCCAAAGAAUUUGACGGACGCCGUACUCCGCAGCCGGUUCGUAAGUCACCGGCCUUCGGUCCCCCUCCGAAUCCAUUGAAAGCACACGUGCCGCCUUCCCGUGAGGGCAUCCCCGUCGAAUCGGGAUUGUAUCUAUCAAUGGGUAAGCUACACGGUGUUCCGUGGUAUACCAAUAAAGAUCAUAUUCCGGCAGAUAUUCAGCAAAAAAUGCAACAACAGCAGCACGGUAUGGGUGGAGGGUAUACUGCUCCCCGUCAACAGAGUACAGUUAGCUAUCAACAUCAAAAACCGAUGACAACUCUCGUAGAGCAGCGUGACGAAUCGACCGUUCAGACCCGUUACCACGAGAGCGCUUUGAGGGAUCCGGCUUCGUCUGAAAGAACAACGGCAAGCGCAUCACAGGUAGGCAAUGCUUUAAUCCAAAAGCGCACUAGAACAGUUGAAGAGCAUGAGCAUACUGAGGCGACCAAAAACGUUGAAAUUGCUAAAUUUUCCACAAAGAUCAAAGAAGACGAGGCACCACCGAAGGGCUUAGUAGCACAGCAGGCCAGAAGAUUCUCGGGUCAAGAUGAAUCCCUGAAUAUCCCUCCACAGCUGCAGGAACAGCCUACGGCGCAAGAGCAACUACAUCCACAACAACAACAACAACAAUCUGUUCAGUCGUUCCCAACAGCCAAUUUCCCAUCCAGCUUUCCACAAGCAACUAAUACCUUCCCGACGGUAGCGCUCUUUCCCGAACCUGCAGUGGAUAAGUUCCCAACCAAAAGUUCACGCAAAGCAAGUAUACUUUUGCCGACCAUAAAAUCAUCGCAACCGUCCAGUCAAGGUACCGGAUUCAAGGCUCAAUUCAAUGAGUUCAUGGUUGGUGAGGGUGCACUUCUUCCGCAGCGCGAGGGAAGCACCAAAGAACUAACCCAGUCGUGGCCACCGCAACUACCAUCCUAUCUAUCUAACACUAACCCAACCGUCGGAGCACAGUCCUAUAUGAAGCCACCGUUGCCAUCAGCCCCUGCACCUCCAGCAGCUCCGGCAGCACUCAAUGGUCACAGACCUUCUCUUAAUAACAGCAGCAUUGGCUUCAGUAAUAACCUUGCCAGCAGUCGAAGCAAUAAUACUGAUCGAUCUGAUGCUAGCGCAGGUUCUGGAUUACUGAACAAGGGGCGGGCUGCCUGUUCUACCAUCGCUCCAACCCGUGGACGCGGUGUCCUGAACAAGGCCGUCGGACCUGGCGGUCGAGUUCCGCUGUGCGGCUGCUGUAAUCAGCAAAUCAGAGGUCCAUUUAUCACCGCUCUAGGCCGUAUCUGGUGCCCGGAGCACUUCAUCUGUCACAACGCAAACUGCAAGCGCCCACUGGCGGAAAUUGGUUUCGUCGAGGAGAAAGGCGAUCUGUACUGUGAAUACUGUUUCGAAGAGUUCCUGGCCCCAAUGUGCAGCAAGUGCAACACCAGAGUGAAGGGUGACUGUCUCAACGCCAUCGGCAAACAGUUCCAUCCCGAGUGUUUCAAGUGCACCUACUGCGGCAAACAGUUCGGAAACAGCCCGUUCUUCCUGGAGGAAGGCGAUCCUUACUGCGAGAACGACUGGAACGAACUGUUCACGACCAAGUGCUUUGCCUGUGGAUUCCCCGUGGAAGCCGGUGACAAAUGGGUGGAAGCCUUGAACAACAACUACCACAGUCAGUGCUUCAAUUGCACAAGCUGCAAGAAGAACCUCGAAGGACAAAGUUUUUUCGCGAAGGGUGGUCGUCCAUUCUGUAAAAAUCAUGCCCGUUAAGUUGACACUUCAACCGAUGGGCAGACAAAAGAGUAUAAAAAGGGUCAUCUGUUUAUAAGGUUUUAUCUGUUGCACAUAACUUUUUUUUCGGUUGCUAUAUCUACAUAGUGUUAUAACAAAACUCGAGAAACGCGGAGCGAAUGGCGAGAAGUUUGCAUCUAACAUUAACAUGUUCGACACCAAAAAAAAAAUCUAAAUCAACACACACACACACAACAACCACACUUGCACGCAGCCGACGCUACUAUGCAUUGCUUAAAGUAGCUGGUAGUCCUAGCGAUCGACAGUCAUUCAUUAAGAGAAUCAAAACAAAACAAAAAACUAUCCCAUCAAACGAUCUUUAAUCAUAAUCCCAUCAAACAAAUUAACAGCUAUUAUUAUGAUGAGACCAAUAACAUCGAUCAAUCGAGCAAAAGAAUAGGAUGGAAUAGGGAAGAGAGAAUGAGAGAGAGAGAGAGAGAGAAGUACACCAUAACACGCUUUCCGUAGGAAAGCUUCCAAAUUGUAAAAAAAAAACUUACAGUAAUGUUUUGUUAUGUUGACCGUAUGUAAAGUUCAAUGCGUUGGCGCUGCUAGCGGCUGAGAGAAACUUGUAACCCACAUCAUCCACAACGCAAUGCUCUAUCUUUAUAUAUGUAUGUAUUGCAGGAAACAGAGCUAGCUUGAAACAUUUCAUUUGUCGUUGUUGCUCACUGAAAUGUUUCAAGCAAAUGAAAAUGAACGUUUUAGGUAAAAAGAUCUGUCAAUGAAAUGUAAUUUUCUUCGGCCAAUUUACAGAAAAAGCUGUUUUUAGUUGACAGAGACGAGUGGUCAGAAGAAGAGAUGUUAUCUUUAUUUUAUUUAUAUUUUAUUUGAAAAGAAAUGCCUACGCAGGAAUGCAGUACUAGAGUACUUUUUCUUACUUAUUAAAUUUAAAAGCGGCUAUUUAAAUAAAUAAUAAAACAACAAAAUCUGUUUAGCACGGAAAGUUAGUUUAGAAAGUUUAGACAAAAAGAGAAACAUUAUUUACAACCAACUAUGUAAAAAAUUGUUUAAGUCUCACUACUACUUCUUGGUUUAACCGAUAAGCGGAGAGUAGGGAAAAGAAACGAACAUGUGUCCAAAAGUUUUGUGUGUGAUAAAUUGUAAACAAUACGUUUUUAUUUAAAUUUUAUUUAAGCCCAAUAUUGCAGACUAAAAUCGAGGAGAAAAUUUUUCUCUAGAAUGGAACGAAAAAAAAAAGCAGAAGAACAAGAGAGGGACUAUUUAAGGAAUCGCAUUGCUGACAUCGCAGAGAUUAGGAUGCUUUAUGUUUAUGCUUCUGAUAUCAGACAAUAUAUUUGGUUAUUUCAAAUGAAAACUAUAAUGACAAACGAUGUACAAGCGUACGUAGGCAAUUUGAGUUAAUAAAGUGACGAAGUCUUGCACUGUA